AUGUCUAUAACGGUUACAAACUUGAUGUCAUUUCAGGGCAAUGACUCUGACACAGAAAACAGAGAUUCCCCUAAUAGGACACGCCAUCCUGCUGGAAAGCUCAAGGAUAAAACCUGUCAGAGUCCACUAAUGAGGCCUAGCAAACUGAGCACUUGCUCACAUGAGCAUGCAGUGUGUGGCUCCAGUACCAGGUCAAGAACUGCGUAUCUGUACUGUGGCCAGGCUCAGGAAGGCUGCUCAUUCCUGGACACUCCUUCCACUGAGAGGCCUGUGGGCUGGCGUCCUUGUGUGCGGUUCCUGGCUACAAGUCGCUGUCCCGCGGUGGCUGAGCCCGCCUCUCACCAGGCUUCUGAGGAGAACCUGGUCAGCCUGGAGUGUGAGAAGGCGCUCUCGCCCACGCCGGAGCAGAAGCCCAGGCACUGCACUGCUCGCGGCUGCCGCCCUGGCCGCGAGCAGAGCUUCAGGACGGCCUCAGCGCGUCCCGCAGGCCAGGAGCAUCGUGGGCUCCUCCGUGAGGGACAGUGUCAAGUGCAUCGUGAUGUGGCCGCCAGCCUGGUCCGCUACAGAAGCACUGGACCCUCGCCUCCAGAGACGUGCAGAGCGCGGUUCGCCUCCUGCUGCCCGGGGAGCUCCACAAGCACGCGGGCGUGGAUGGCACGAAGGCCCUCCCGAAGCUCUGCAGAUGCAGGAGAAUUGCUGUGUUCAUCAUCUACCUUUUUCGUUCUUGUGAUCUCAGUUUAGGGUGAAACCCUGCAUAGCUUUGUUUCCUGGGAAAUGCCAGCGGGUAGCACUGGUAAGUAGACAUGAAAACCCACUUCACCUCCUGUAGACCAGAUAUUGAAAGGGUUUUCAGAUAUGUAAAUGUCAUCCAUGCGUCUACAUUUUUAUAAGUGCAAUUUUCAUGUCAGUAUGCUGUGGGUAUUAACAUGCUCUGUAUUAUAUUGUGAUUUGAAAAAAUGAAUUUUAAUAGAUUCAUCAAAAUCUCUGUUUAUGAAUUUUACAGCAAAUACUGGCUGAUAAAAACCACAUAAAAGUUCUUUGGGUCCUACUAAUCUUUAGACAUGCAAAGAUUUCAUGAGGCCAAAAUAUUUUAAUUAGGUCCUCAUCUGCAGUGCAAUCAAAUCAACAGAAAUGUGUUGAUUGAUGAAGCCUUUAGAAAUAUUCUAUGCUUGCUAGUCAAGAUUUUCAAAUCAUAGUGCUGUUGAAAAGCUGUCUAGACACCUUCCUCAUUCUCAUUAGCACACAUGACAUUGGGCGGUUGUUUCAGGAGCCUGUGUUCACAGUAACGUGUGUGUGUGUGUGUGUGUGUGUUCUAGGCAUUUUAGGAAACAUAAUGCAUGUCAAAAAUUCACAUAUGCUGUUCUAACACCUUUUGAGAUGAGCAGAUUUUGUCUUUAGAUGUGUUCAUCUAAAUCAUCUUUAGAGAUUUUCCAGUGUUACAUGAUCAUUUUCUCCUGGGUGAUUUUUGCGGAUGGUUGAUAUCCUUUUACGUGUGUCCUCAUGUUGGCUAUCCUGACUGUGCACAGUCAGCAAUGGGUCACAGCCUGAGUGUCUCAUGAUGUGUGUACCCUUACUUGGGCACGUGUUCCUUCACAGGCCCCUGAAGCCCCCACUGUAUCCUAAGGGCUUCAGUUUCCAAGCAGCUGCCAGGCUCUGAAGUUUAAGUGGGCUCCCUCUGCAGUAAGAAGCUGGGUGUAGGGUAGGGCAAACCGGGGCUCAGGGGAGUGAGCGUGAUCCCUUAGAUAGCUUUCCUCCACCUGUCUUUGUACCUCCAGCAACCUGGGCUCAUCGUGUUUGACAUACAGCUGUGCUCACAAUGUGGAUUGUCCUCAGCUCUGCACACUUCCCACCGGGGCAGGCUCUGCAUUCCAGGAAUGCUCCUGCCCCUGUUCAUAACCACUCAGCCCUGAACAAGGUGGAUGGUACUCAGAAUCUCCUUAAAUCACAUUCCUAGUUUUUGAUUUGCUGUUCUCUCCUCAGUGAUGGUUUGGCUACUCCUUCCAACAGGUUAGAUCCAACCUUCACACGAGGAAGUUGUGGAUCCUCACCCAGAACCUGUGUAAGGGUGGCGAAAGGAACUUAACAUGAGCCUUCCUAGUUCUAUAAUUUGUUUUCUGAUAAGUGUGGACAGUUUCAACAGUUAAAACGGCCCUGGGAAUAAUUGUGCUGGCGACAACAGGGGAAAUUAAGACAUGUGGACACCCUCCUAAGGAAAAGAUGUACGGAUGGUAUAUCGGUAUCUCUGGGUGUUGGCAAUUUGCACAGAUUUGUGGGAUAAUGGGAGUGUGUUGCUUUCUGUGUCAUGUUGUUGUUCGUGAUUUGUUCCCUUAGAAGCUCUGGAGCCUUUUUUUUGAGACAAAUCGUGUUUCCCAGCUCAAUGAAGAGGGCGAAGAAGCACAACACAGUGAGUGUCCAUCUGUGUCUUGCUGAUGUGAGCAGUGUUGAAUGGGACCAUACUGGAGAGCAAAGCUGUUCGUUAAUCUCUGGCUCUUUCUUAGCUCAUCUAAGCAUUUAAAAAAGUUUUAGCAGAUUUUUACCUACUAUUUCUUUUCUUAAAAAUAUUUAUGUAUUUGAAAGUCAUAGUUACAGAGAGAGACAGAGGCAGAGAGAGAGAGAAUGAAUGACUGACUGAAUGAAUGAAUCUUCUGUUAGUUUACUCCCCAAAUGGCCACAAGUACAUGGCUGGGCCAGGCUGAAGCCAGGAACCAUGAACUUCUAGGUCUCACAUGUGGGUGCAGGGACUCAAGUUCUUGGGCCGUCUUCUGGAGCUAUCCCAGUUGCAUUAUCAGGGAGCCAGAUCAGAAGUGCAGCCGCUGGAACUUGAACCCAAACCCAUAUGGAAUGCUGGCAUCCCAGCUAGUAGCUUAGCCAACACCACAAUACUGGCCUCUUGUCUAGUAUUUCUAUACCUUUUGGCUGCAAGUAUUUUGACUAAUCUCAUGUGGACUAUAUUUAGAAGAAAUCUAAGGAUUCCUUGAAAGCCUAAACUAGAUUAGGGUCACUUGGUGGCACUCUGUGAAUGCAGUUUUUUUUAAAGAUUUAUUUAUUUGUUUUGAAAGAGUUACAAAAGAGUUAGAGAGAGAGAAAGAGAGAAAGAGGGAGGGAGGGAAGGAGUUUCCAUCUACUUAUUCACUCAGCAGAUGACCUCAAUGCCCAGUCAUUGGCCAAGCUGAAGCCAGGAGCUUAGAGCUUCAUCCAGGUCUCCCACAUGGGUGGCAGGGUCCCAGUUACAUGGGUCAUCUGCUCCUGCUUUCCCCCAGCGAUUAUCAGGGAGCUGGAUCAGUAGUGGAGCAGCUGGAGAUGAACCUGUGCCCAUAUGGGAUGCUGGUGUUGCAGGCAGUGGCUCAACCUACUAUGCCACAAAUGCUGGCACCAAGGGUGCAGGUUCUGUAGUCAGAUGAGAUCUGGCUUCGACCCCCAGCUGUACCUCCUACUGCGUGCACUGCCUUGGGUAAGUGCCUUGACAUCUCUGAGACUCAGUUUCCCAUCUGUAGAACCAGGGUCUCAAGGUAUCCCGAGGGUUCAGUGGGAUGAGGCAGAGAGCUGGGUGCACAUCCAGCAAUGACUGAUGGUGGCUGUGCUUACUUAUCCUAAGUUGUGAGAUUCAUGCCCUCAGGCAAGUAGGGGGUGGGAAUCCCUGCCAGACUGCUCUGUGGACUGACUCACCUGGUUACCUGGGUGCCCUAUGUUUGCUUAGGGCUGACCCUGAGAUAAGGGAGGAUGAGUUUUCCCUCCUAGGCCUCACAUUAGGAAAGUGGCAGAGAUAAAGCUGCUCUGAGACGUGAUGGGAGGUUGCUAGGGAGCAAUUGGCAAGUGCCUUGUUGUCUCAGUGGCCUUUGGGGAUUGCUGACUCAGGGCUUUGUGGCAAGGUGCUGCUCUUCACACCAAGGAAACCUUGCUUCCCUCCAUCCACCAACCCCUAACCAAAUGCUCUCCCCCGUUCCAGUCUGUGCUUGAAGCCUAGGUCCUGUAUUCAAAUGACUGGAACUCCCUAGCCUACAGUGACUGCCCCCUCCCCCAGUCUGAGAAAGCAACCUGUUAGGGUGUAAACACAGCCAGCCUGCAUUAGUCUACUCAGUUAUUUCUGUGACAGUGAGGGCUGGGCCAGUUGGAAGCCAGGAGCUGCCAUGUGUGGGUGGCAAAGGUCCCGGUACUUGGGUCAUCUGCUGCUGUCUUCCCAGGUGCAUAAGCAGGGAGCUGGACCUGAACCACCGCGGCUGGAAUUCAAACUCAGUCCAGAAUGGGAUGCCGGCAUUCGUAAAUGCAGAGCUGGGACUUUAAUUCCAGCACAGUCCAGGCUUUCCUGGGCGGAAGCAUUCGUGGAUGCAGGACUGUCCCUGUUAGGACCAGAAAAGUCCUGGGCCAACCAACUUGGAGGAGUUGUUCAUCCUGUGGGGGACUGUAAGGAGUCCGUGUCCUUGGAGCUUAAACUUCAAGGCAGGAAGAAGGGACAGAGGACAUCGGGGAGGCGAGCAGGGGCCAGGGUGCAAAGGGCUUGGUGUGCCACAUUAAGGAACUCGUGCUUGUUUACCAGACACCCAGGAGUCAUUGAAGAGGUUUAGGCAGGGAAGUGAGUCAUGGUGCUGCUGUCAGAUUCGCAUUUCAGUCACAUUGCCCAGCAGCUUUACAGAGUGGGAGGCAGGAGGGCACUGCCUAGUCCGCGGAAGGAUGAAGAAGGCCCUGACUGUGGCAGUAGGCCUGGGCUGGAGGGAGGAGACUCAUGAGCACUAGGGAGGUAAACGUGGGAGGGAAAGUGUGUGGGAUGGAGGGGCAGGGGCAUUGACAGGAACGUUCUGGGUUUAGAAAGACUUCAUGCACCAUUUAACCUGAUAAAACAUGGAAGAGAGACAUAUAAUCAACCCCACAGCCACAUGUCCAAAACCAGUGCAUGGAAUGAAGUUAUUCAGAAUCACUUGUGCCCCCAGGUAGCCCUGCCCUCUCUCAGUUCCCCUUUCAUCCCAAUGUAACUCCUGCAUUCCAUUAAUCUUCUCAAUGCCAUGAAUUUCUGUAAACUUCUACUACAGAGAUGAGAACUGGUGAAAAACAGAUACUGCUAGCAGAGUUUUGAAUUUUUCUGUUUUAUAUAAAUUUAUGCCAUGAUGUAAUGUUCUGUAACAAGCUGUUCUCUAUCAUAAAUGUGUAUAUCUGCAAUGACCUUGCUCUGAUUCUCUUGCUUGCUGCAUGCAUUCAACUGUGUUAAUUCCAUACCCCAAUCUACCCAUCCGUUUUGCUGUGGACACCCAUUUGCAUGGUUUCUACAAUUUUGCCCUAAAAAUAAAGUGCUGCAAACAACG